GUCCUUCGCGCUCGUCGAACAAUUCUCAAUAUCAUGCAGUGCACCACUCCGCGGCCCCGACGGAUCCCUCUUCCAAGUUCUGGGCGGAGCCAGCGACAAGCGUAGUGUGCCUCUGUUCAAAGCGUCCAGAGUUAUCCGGUGUGCCUUACGGGAUACUUCUCGAUGUCUGAAUUGGCCUCGCAGCCUGUCUCAACGAAUCCCACGAUGAAGACCUUCUCCUAAAUUAGAGAUCCACUCCAUGACUGAGGAGGUCACGCAGCUGAGCGACUCAUGGUGUGCGUCCACCAAAUCCCUUCGAGAUGUGGAUGCUCUCGAAGUCCCAUCGCGUGGCCACAAAGCCGAAAACCUAUCUCAUCCUCGCUCACAACGAGUUGCACUCUGAAAACGCCGUCCUCCUUCGCCUCGGAAAUCGUGUCAACGUUGAGACCAUCCCGGUAUUGGCAUGUGCAGGCUGCGCUAGUCGUAUCCACAGUCGCUCGACAACGAAAGCCUCUCUCCCUCCAACUGCGGGCAGCUCAAGCGCUAAUCUACCAAUGAGACUCUACGGGGGAAUGCAAGGCCUACGUUUUCUAUGGUCAUCUUUCCGAGUGUCUCCGGCACGAGAUGGCAGGACGCAAGAUACAGAGUGCUGAAUUUCAGCCCAUGCUGUCCGCCUGGCCUGAGAGGACGCUGAAUGAUACAACCUGGGUCGUUCGAGGCGACGGAAGUCUAGAGCAGCUAUGAUGUAUGCGAAGUGGUCGAGGACGAGCUCGAGCAAAGUCUUUGGAGGGUGAUGAGUGGUUGUCGAUCCGGAUCCUGGAUUGAGGUAUCUCCUGGGAAGAGCCUCUACACUCGCUGCUUGUUCGUCAGCACAUGACGUUGACGGUUGCUAGUCACUUGGAAUGUACCUCUAGGGACAAUCUCCUCUUUGCAGGUCAAGGUGUCAGAGCGAUAAGCUUCUGACUUGCUAUCUCUCAUCUUGUGAAUCUCGGCAUAGUGUUGCAGCUUCAAUAGCUCGGUAUCGUGUCCGUGUCUUCCAAUCUCCAUCUUGAUUGACGCCGAAGAACUCAGUGCCCAUCGGGGUAGCUCUGACCCACACGACCCUAAUAUCUAUCGCACCGGGCGAUGGUCGGUGGCAGCUACACAUGGUGAUGCCUCCGCUGGAAGGAUACUAUCUUUGUAAUGAUCGGGCCGCGAUGCAUACUCGGCUUCUCGCGUGAAUCCGGCCUGUCAGGGAGGCUUCCGAAUGGAUGAGCUGAGGCUGCGCAUUUUCUGCUUCCAUCUUACAAGGCUCUGAGCAGAUGGCUGGGACCCACCCGAAAGCGUAGAACUGAAAUGACGAAGCCGCCAGAUCGAAUUUCCAUUUCUGGAAACCUUCUAUCUCGCCUGGCAUAUAAGCCCUGAUGGCGCUGCGGGGCUCUUCAGCACCACCUCUACUUCUUUCUUUCCCCCACUUUCAUGGGUUCUUGUUUGUCUGUUUUGUUUCCGUUCAAGCCCGCCACUUCUGCUCCCGAGAAAGACGACAAAGACACGAUGGCCGCCUCACGCAUCCUGAGCCCUCUGGCUCGCUCCCCCAAGUUCUCCGGGAAGAAGCCGUCCUUCUUCUCUGCUUACGCGCGUGCCGCCAACCGCUACGGAUUCCAGCACACCGAGUUCGCACCGUUCAGGAAGCACCAGAACAUGGUCGUGCAUGUCAAGUCGAAUGGCGAGAGCGGGAAUGUGCCUGCGGAGAGUGUGCAGAAUGGUUCAUGCCUGUUCCCUCACUUCCGCUACGUGCUAAUAUACCGCCGCCAGAUCGGUACUCCUGGAGUUACCUUGCACCUCGACUUUGACACGGGCUCGUCUGAUUUGUGGGUGUGGAGCUCUGAGCUCACCCGGGUCUCGAAGUCGGGACACAGCAUCUACAACCCAAGCAAGUCCAAGACCGCUGCGCAUCAAUCGGGUGCGUCAUGGAACAUCUCGUAUGGUGAUGGUUCUUCCGCGUCUGGGAAUGUGUAUCUUGAUACGGUCACCGUCGGCGGCGUCGCUAUCCCAAAGCAGGCAGUCGAGCUUGCGGAGCGCAUGAGCGCCCAGUUUGCGCAGGGUGAGGGCAGCGAUGGCCUUCUCGGUCUUGCAUGGCCUGCGAUCAACACUGUCUCGCCGCGUCCUGUUAAGACCCCUGUGGAGAACAUGAUCGACCAGGGACUCAUCUCGAAGCCGCUGUUCACUGUCAAGCUUGAUCGCGGCGACAAUGCUGGUUUCUACAGUUUUGGCGCGAUCGACGAGACUGUUACUCCGCACCCGAUCACUUACACGCCUGUCGAUAACUCACAGGGAUUCUGGAUGGUUGACUCCGAGUCUUACUCGGUCAACGGUCAGACCUUCCAACAGUCGGGUAACACGGCUAUCCUCGACACUGGAACGACUCUCGCUCUCGUUUCGGACGCCGUCGUGUCGCAGGUGUACGGCCAAAUCGACGGGGCCCAGUUUGACCAGGACCAGGGCGGAUGGAUGUACCCGGCUUCCUCGACUGUCCCCGACCUGAUGUUCGCGAUUGGCGACAAGAUGUACAAGCUGAACGCGGCCGACUUCCCAUACGGACAGGCGUCUGGCGGGUACCUCUUUGGCGGUGUCCAGUCCCGAGGAACGAAUCCCUUCGAUAUUCUCGGCGACAUCUUCCUCAAGAGUGUCUAUGUGGUAUUCAACCAGGGAGAAUCUACCGUGGGGUUGGCUCAACGUGACGAUUAAGUCUUGUCUGAACUGACCUGCGAACCGAAAUGACUGCAUGCAAUGGACUCUUAUGCCUUUUUUCCUUUUCACGAUCUUGUUACGAUUACCGCGCAUUUUGUAUGUAGAAAUGUCUACUAGGCGCAGAAUUGAUAUCAUUUGGCGCUCAUCCUUACCUAACAAAGCCACUAGGUAGCCCAGAA